GCGGCCGCCGACAGGUGGAACGGCAGGUGGGUUCAGGUGCCAGCCUGGCGCGGACCUGGCUGUGGCACGGACGUUUCCGUUUCCCGUUCGCCUGUCGAGCCAGGCAGUGAGCCAGCGCUUCCCAACUCUCGGAACCAUGUUUGCAGACUUGGAUUAUGACAUCGAGGAGGAUAAACUCGGAAUCCCCACCGUGCCUGGGAAGGUGACCCUCCAGAAGGAUGCUCAGAAUCUCAUCGGGAUCAGCAUCGGAGGAGGGGCCCAGUACUGCCCCUGCCUCUACAUUGUCCAGGUGUUUGACAACACCCCAGCAGCCUUGGACGGCACGGUGGCUGCUGGAGAUGAGAUCACGGGUGUCAACGGCAAGUCAAUCAAAGGGAAAACGAAGGUGGAGGUGGCCAAGAUGAUCCAGGAGGUGAAGGGAGAAGUGACCAUCCACUACAACAAGCUGCAGGCAGACCCCAAGCAGGGCAUGUCCCUGGACAUUGUGCUGAAGAAGGUGAAGCAUCGGCUGGUGGAGAACAUGAGUUCGGGGACCGCAGACGCCCUGGGCCUGAGCCGGGCCAUCCUGUGCAACGAUGGGCUUGUCAAGAGGCUGGAAGAGCUGGAGCGGACGGCUGAGCUGUACAAAGGGAUGACCGAGCAUACCAAGAACCUGCUACGGGCCUUCUACGAGCUGUCGCAGACGCACCGGGCCUUCGGGGACAUGUUCUCUGUGAUCGGGGUGCGAGAGCCCCAGCCAGCCGCCAGCGAGGCCUUCGUGAAGUUUGCCGACGCCCACCGCAGCAUCGAGAAAUUUGGCAUCCGCCUGCUGAAAACCAUCAAGCCGAUGCUCACAGACCUGAACACGUACCUCAACAAAGCCAUCCCAGACACGCGCCUCACCAUCAAGAAGUACCUGGACGUGAAGUUCGAAUACCUGUCGUACUGCCUGAAGGUGAAGGAGAUGGACGACGAGGAAUACAGCUGUGUGGCCCUCGGGGAGCCCCUGUACCGAGUGAGCACAGGCAACUACGAGUACCGCCUGAUUUUGCGCUGCCGCCAGGAGGCCCGCACGCGCUUCUCCCAGAUGCGGAAGGAUACUCAGGACACCUUGUCCAGUGGCAGCCACAGCCAUGGUGCCCGGCCUCCCACCCCAGUCCAGGACAUCGUGUUCCAGCUGCAGCGCUUCGUGUCCACCAUGUCCAAGUACUACAACGACUGCUAUGCCGUGCUGCGGGGUGCCGACGUCUUCCCCAUCGAGGUGGACCUGGCGCACACCACCCUGGCCUAUGGCCUCACCCAGGAGGACUUCACAGACAGGGAGGAUGAGGAGGAAGAGGAGGAGGAAGACAGGACCAAAGAGCCUUCCCAGGAGGCGCGAGGGGCUGCCGGGCCCGUGGACAAGGAUGGCGCGGACAAGGAUGGCAGUUGGCGUGGCUCCUGA